UCUUUUAGUUUAAAUAAGAGUUUCAAAAGUGCUUGACUUGCUUCCUUUUUUUUUAAAUUCUCUUAAGGCAUCAAAAUCACACAAGCCAAUGCCAGACACUGUGUGGAUGGCACGACUCAGGAGUUUUGCUGCCACAGGGUCAUGGCCUGCAGGGCAGGGAAACAGACCUGCACCAAGACAAAAGAAGUGGCACGAGCUGUAUCAAAGGAUUGAGAAAUGUCCAAUGAUGCAGCCUGGACAGAAAUCCCUGUUUGGUGGUGUCAGGAAAUGCUUAUGUGGAUUCCACAUCCAGAAGCAACCAUCUUCUACAAGACCAGAGGCAUCAACCGCAAGUGUUUCCCAGCCUGCUGUGACCUCACCCACGUCCCCUGCUGCAAGUUUUCGCAAGCCUGCUGUGACCUCACCCACGUCCCCUGCUGCAAGUUUUCGCAAGCCUGCUGUGACCUCACCCACGUCCCCUGCUGCAAGUUUUCGCCAGGCUGCUGUGACCUCACCCACGUCCCCUGCUGCAAGUUUUCGCCAGGCUGCUGUGACCUCACCCACGUCCCCUGCUGCACAUGGAGCUAUAGGCCACAAGCAGCGACAACCAAUGAACCUGUCAAUGUUUACCAAGCCAAGAUUCAGUGGGUCACAUCUUGCAGCUGCAAAGCCAAAUCUGGCCAUGGCCAGAAAAGUGACUCAGAAACAAGUCACACAAGACACUGACAUGCCUGGUUCUGCAGUCAGCACGACCAUCUCAGCUGUAGACAUCCAAACCGAGGAACCAGCCCUCAUACCUGAGAUACCGGUGGUUGCUCCUGUAUCUCUGCCCCGUUUGUGGUCAGAGGGCUUCCCACCUGAGGACCAUCGGUGGAUUGCAAAAGCUCUGUUUAGGAUGGGGGCAAAGGACAAACCACAGCUGCAGGACAACCUGAAGCUGUGGUACUACCCACCGGAGCCGAGUCCCCUCUACCACCAGCCACCUUCACCUGACCGCUUCUUUGCCCAUUCACUGCUUGUAUGGAUGCCGUACAAGUUGUGGAAGGUCAAGGUGGUCUGCCCCAACCCUGCGUGUGGUGGGCAUCAGCUCACUGGGGCAGGGCUUCACAAAAGGGCACGGCGGGUCCUGGACAUUGACCGCAUUUACAUCAUGGUCACAGAGACGCUGAUUUGUACCAGAUGUAAAGGCUCACACGUGUCCUGGAGCCGAGCUGUCCUCCAACAGCUAGACUUGGCUCACAGGUCAGGAUUCCGGGUCAUCAUGACUCAGAAGUAUGCCUGUGACAUCCGAGUAAUUCGGCUUCUGCGGGAGAGGGGCCUGGGCAACAGCCCCACACGGGUGUUAAAGCAGCUGAGGGAGAACCACUCAGAGGAGUGGCUGCAACGGGUGUCGAUGUACACCACUGCGUGUAUGGGCUUCCUCCAGCACCAGGGUCUGCUGCCUGUGACGUACCCUGAGCCUCCGGAGCCUGAAGUUGUCCCCAGCUGUAAGUGGCUCCUCUCUGUCUACAGCCAGGACAUUUUGACAAAGCUCGACGACAUCAAGGCCCACAUCACCUCGACGUAUGGCACCAUCCUGAAGAUGGAUUCCACAAAAAAGAUCACAAAGAAGCUUGCUGGGACUGCAAAGGGAACGGCUCUCUGGCUGAGCUCCGUGGGAAACGAGCACGGCCAGAUUCUAAUCAGCGUCCUGACCGCUCAGGAGGGAGCUGGUUUAGACAGGAUGGCGAGUGGCCUGGUGAAGCGGUACCAGCAGGCUGGUGUGGAUCCCCCUGUUGCUCUUUACGUGGACUGCGGUUGCUGUGCCGAGGCAGCAGAAACAACCAAGCUGCAGGCCAGAUUCAGCGGGUGGCCACAGCUUGUGGUGAGGCUGGAUAUUUGGCACUUUAUGCGGCGGCUUGCCCUGGGAUGCACCACCGAUGCCCAUCAGCUGUACCCAUUCUACAUGUCACGCAUGUCAACGUGCAUUUUUGAAUGGGAUGCUGCUGAUUUAGCACUGCUGCGUGAAGCCAAGGCUCAGCAAUUGCGGUCCCAGGGACUCCCUUCCACAGAUGUGGACAAGCAUCUGACCAAGGACGAGUUGGCUCUCCACUGCCGACGGAGGACACGAGGAGUGGACACCACGGUCCGGCUGCUGGAGGAGCUGAUUGCUGCACUGAUGGGGCCCCAAGGCAACGACUCCCUUGGCGUUCCUCUGUUUGAUCAGGAGAGGAUGGAGCACAUCUGGCGGGUCCAGAAAAAACAUGUAAAGUGCAUCCAAGACCCAGCAGGUGUCGCUCUUUACACCAAAACCGGUGAGCUGACCAAGGGAGGCGUGCGGCUGCCGGUGUUCAGGUGUGCCCGAGGCUCAACUUCCUUGGAGUCUUUUCAUCUCCACCUCAACCGCUUCAUACCAGGAACCAGCGCCAACAGCCUGAAUUUUCAGGUUUACCUGUUGGAAGGGCUGCACAGGUGGAACCAGGAUAGGCGUGUUGCUGCCCUCGCAAUGAAGAAGUCGUCGUUGUGCUGCUACUCUGGUGAUUUGUUGCAUUCCGUCAAUAAACACUACCAGAAGCUGUUUGGCAGAAAGCUGGCACCUGAGUUCUGUCCGCCCGCACGUUACACAGGUGAGCUCAUCGGACUGCAGUACCUGUUUCAGCAAACUGGUCAGGCACUGCAGGACAUGAACCCCGACUCAGAGGAGACUGCCCGCUUGAUUGAGGAGCACGAUGCGGGAGUCGAUGAAGAAGAUGAGGGCUUCGCUGACUUCACAGAUGACCCCACACUGAUAGAUUUGGAGGUUUCUCCCAGCGCCUCCUCUACAGUGGCUCCCUCUCCAGCUCCCAGCGCCUCCUCCUCCACAGUGGCUCCCUCUCCAGCUCCCAGCGCCUCCUCCUCCACAGUGGCUCCCUCUCCAGCUCCCAGCGCCUCCUCCUCCACAGUGGCUCCCUCUCCAGCUCCCAGCGCCUCCUCCAGACCUGCUCCCUGCACGGCAUCUCCAGGCAUCUCCCCGCUGGCCUCUAGCAUAUCUGAGGCUGGAGAUACCUCAGAUGAAACCAUGGCUGUUGAUGACCAGAAUGUGCCUGGAUACCAGCACGUUGACAUGCUUGCUGACUACUUGGUGGGGCUUCGGGAGCAGACCUCGCUCUGUCUCACCAACCUACAGGCAGACCGCAUCACAGAGCUCUGGCAGAGGCUGGAUGACGGGGACAAGCAGCGGGUUGUGUAUGCAGCACGCCACCAGGAGAGACUUUUGAGUGGACGCUUUCGAUCACCGAAGAAGCCCUCCAAAACUCCUGGUGUGGAGAGCACAACCCGCUGCAUGCUAGGUGCCAGCAGCGCUCCUGCACAGUGGCCUGACUGCUGUAGGUUGGUGGAGGCCAUUUUUAUUAGACUUUGUAGUCUGCACCCAGCCCCGAAAAGGAAAGGCAAAGGGACAGAAUCACGGUGGUCCCUAAUUUUGAGGGACUAUCGUAAAAUCAGGCAGCUGGUGAUCGGAAAUGGCAGAGUGAUGCAGGGAUCAGAGAUUCAGCUGGUGGAGGUUAAUCAGACCACCCUGAUCCAGUGGCACAGUGGCAGGCAGAAGAAGCAGGAGCUGUCUGUGCUGCUUCAGGGAACUUCUGUUCCUACCAACUUACCUGUGUCGGAAGAACCAUUGUUGGACCCAAAAGUGCUGCCUUCCAUUCCUGUGCCAGUGCAGCAGCAUGAACAUCAAUAUCAGCUGCCAGAAUGUACAGCUGGUCAGGCCAAACAAAGGCAGGCACCGUGUUCCAUCUUCCCUAAAGGUGCUGCAAAAAGGCAGCUCUUUUCGGCCCCAGCGGUUCUCCCGGCCCCAGCGGUUCUCCCGGCCCCAGCGGUUCUCCCGGUCCCAGCAGGCUGUGCACCCUUGGUUCCCUUGGCUUCUGGGGUCCCUCAACAGGUCUUCACACAGGUAGGACAACCUGUGGUUCUAUAUCAGGUUGUCCUGCCUGCACAAAUGCAGCCUGCACAAAUGCAGCCUGCACAAAUGCAGGGAACCUCUCAACCCAGCCUUCACCAGCAACCCUCAAGAAAGAGGCCAUAUAAAAGAACGGUACAGGCUAAUACGUGCAAAAAAUGUGGCCUCUUCCGCACAGCAGAGACUGGGCAUAGCCACUACCGUGGGAGGGUUUACUGCCCACAGUCCGAGGUCCUUACAAAGGAGCAGUGGUUGGAGGAGAUGAGGAGGGUGGGAAAAUAAAAUUGUAUACAAGUGUUUCAUAUUUGUAAUCAGUUUUAUGUCAAAAUAUUUGGUUUUAUUAUAUUAAACAUUUACCUUUUGUUAUCUUUUUUCAUUUUGUUAUGGACAUUGAAGAGCACAAACAUUCUGUGAAUAAACAUGAUGACUUUUAUUGUCCAACAGUUGUUACUGAAAAAUAAAGCCGUUUUAUACAUUUA